CCCUGGUAUGCGAUGCAGGAACCUUUUCUCAGCUGUAGCGUAUUCUCCUAAGCAGAGGUGUUGAUGAGCUGUUCGUUUGGUGCACUGUCUGUUUGGUUUCCUCUCUGACCUAGGUCUGGUCCUUGGAGCAGCCAGACUGGCACUGUAAGAUAGACGAGGGGUCGGCAGGAUUGGUGGCUUCAUGCUGGAGUCCGGAUGGUCGUCACAUUCUCAAUACAACGGAGUUCCAUCUGCGGAUAACUGUGUGGUCCUUGUGUACGAAAUCUGUGUCUUACAUCAAGUAUCCCAAAGCUUGUCAGCAGGGGAUAGCUUUCACUAAGGAUGGCCGCUAUAUGGCAGUAGCGGAAAGACGUGACUGCAAGGACUUCAUUAGCAUCUUUGUGUGCAGCGACUGGCAGCUACUGAGACAUUUUGACGCUGAAACGCAAGAUCUGUUUGGGAUUGAAUGGGCUCCUAAUGGCUGUGUUCUGGCAGUGUGGGGUACGUGUCUGGAGUAUAAAAUAUUGCUAUACUCCCUUGAUGGCAGACUGCUAUCCACGUAUCGGGCUUAUGAAUGGUCGCUAGGCAUAAAAUCAAUCGCUUGGAGUCCCAGCAGUCAAUUUUUGGCAAUUGGCAGCUAUGAUGAAAAGGUGCGUAUCUUGAACCACGUAACUUGGAAGAAGAUCACAGAGUUUGAGCAUCCAGCAACUAUUGCUAACACCAAGACUAUUGUGUAUAAAGAAGUGGAGAAAUCCCCAUCUGUUGAAACAGAGAGACUUUCUUUCCCUCCAACAAGAGCAUUGGCUAGUUCUCUCUUCAGCACACAAAGUAAAUAUGACAUUUCCCAGGUGCCAGUUUCUUUACAGUAUAUCAAACCAGUUGCUGACAGGGCAAAUCCCAAAAUGGGAAUUGGGAUGUUGGCAUUCAGUCCAGAUAACUGUUUCCUGGCAACCAAAAAUGAUAACAUUCCUAAUGCUGUCUGGAUCUGGGACGUUCAAAAGCUGAAACUGUUUGUAGUCUUAGAGCAGCUGUGUGCGAUCCAAUCUUUCCAGUGGGAUCCACGACAACCUCGACUUGCUGUAUGUACAGGAAAUAGCAAAGUCUACUUAUGGUCCCCAGCUGGCUGUGUGUCAGUGCAGGUUCCAAUGGAAGGUGACUUCCAGAUCGUCUCUCUCUCCUGGCAUUCUAGUGGAGACUCCAUGGCGCUUCUGAGUAAGGACAACUUUUGUGUGUGUUACUUAGAAAGAGAAGAGGUAAAAUAACAGUAUCAUUUGCAUUAAAAAUGCUCCCAAGUUUGAGGAAGAAUGAGGAAAGGGGUCAAACCCUAUUGCCCAAUCUGAAGUUUUUGUAUUUAUCAAUUAUUUAUUUGAAGGAGUGUACCCAAACUCCAAUGUGUGAAGUACUGUGCUUGCAUUUGAAUGAAGUGACGUAAAGUGUAGAGAAUGAAGUCUGGAUUUCAAGAAAACUUCCUUAUUGAUGUAGUUGAACUUUCUCUUGAACUUUGUCAACUAUGAAACCUUAUUUUCUAAAAUUGUAGCCGUGUGUAUAUAAUGUAUAGCUAUUAUUUAAAUUUUGUAAUUUCCAAUAAAUAUUUUGAUAGUUACAAACUUGGUAUGAUUCUAACUAUAACCCUGCACUUCGCCAUUCUAAAGUCUGUUUCUAUAUUAUCAGUGAUGUGAUUAUGUAGCUAUUUAUCCCAGCACAAGGAAACGGUUAUUUGCACGCAGCAGUGUACAGCUUAUGUCUAGUCUUGUGAGACAAGAGAUUUUUCUGGUGUAUUAGAAUUAAAUAUUGUAGCAGAGUAGAUACAUUGGUGAGACACCUUCUAGCAAAUCAAGAACUGUUAAAGCAAAACAAAUCCUUUGUUCAGAAAGCAAAUGAAGUCAUCUGUAAUGAUUUUCUAGACUAAGAUGCUAACAGGUGUCAGUAAUUGUGCCUGGUCUACCAUAGAAUUAUUACACUGAAUCUUUACAAGAAGGAUCAUAACUGAUACUUUAGAGUGAUAUAUUACAGGCAACUGAAAUGGGAGCUUUUGACCUGACUAUCUAGUGCCAAAUUGGAGCGGACGGUUCAGCAGGGAAAGAGUAGUUGGACUAUCCUUUAUCUUUACCCGGAGUAACCAGCCACUGUAUUCCUCAAAAGAAGGGAGCCCAUUGUUUAGGCAUUUAUUGGAUGUUUUUUCUUUUGCUACUUAAUUUCACAGCCUCAGUCUCCACAAAAUGAAGAAUGAAGAACAAAUUGAGUUGAAAUUUAACUUUACUGCAAGAUUAAU